CAUAAAGUUAUUUUUGAAUCCAGCCAAGAUGGCGGACUACGAUUUGACAACCAAAAUAGCACAUUUUCUCGACCGACAUUUGGUUUUUCCUCUCUUGGAGUUCCUCUCUGUAAAAGAAAUUUACAAUGAAAAGGAACUUCUCCAGGGGAAGCUGGAUCUUCUCAGCGACACAAACAUGGUGGACUUCGCCAUGGAUGUGUACAAAAACCUGUAUCCUGAUAAAGAUAUACCACACUCUCUGAAGGAGAAGAGGACAACAGUUGUAGCGCAGUUGAAGCAACUCCAAUCAGAGACAGAGCCCAUUGUAAAGAUGUUUGAGGAUCCAGAAACAACUCGACAGAUGCAGUCCACAAGGGAUGGGAGGAUGCUGUUCGAGUACCUGUCAGAGAAACACAAUUUUCGUCAGGAGUACUUGGACACUCUUUACAGAUAUGCCAAGUUUCAGUACGAGUGCGGUAACUACUCUGGAGCAGCAGAAUACCUCUACUUUUUCCGUGUGUUGGUGCCCUCCACUGACAGAAAUGCCCUGAGCUCUCUUUGGGGAAAACUGGCCUCUGAAAUCCUGAUGCAGAACUGGGAAGCAGCAAUGGAGGAUCUGACAAGACUUCGAGAGACCAUUGACAACAAUUCUGUGAGUUCCCCUCUCCAGUCGCUGCAGCAGAGGACCUGGCUCAUUCACUGGUCUCUAUUCGUCUUCUUUAAUCACCCCAAAGGCAGAGACAACAUCAUCGAGCUGUUCCUCUACCAGCCGCAGUACCUCAAUGCCAUACAGACAAUGUGCCCACACAUCCUGCGGUACCUCACCACAGCUGUCAUCACCAACAAAGACGUGAGGAAGAGGAGACAAGUGCUCAAGGACCUCGUCAAAGUCAUUCAACAGGAGUCUUACACUUACAAGGACCCCAUCACUGAGUUUGUGGAGUGUCUCUAUGUGAACUUUGAUUUCGACAGCGCCCAGAAGAAGCUGCGCGAGUGUGAGUCGGUUUUGGUAAAUGACUUCUUCCUGGUGGCGUGUCUGGAGGACUUCAUUGAAAACGCUCGUCUUUUCAUCUUUGAGACUUUUUGCCGCAUUCAUCAGUGCAUCAGUAUCAGCAUGCUCGCUGAUAAGCUCAAUAUGACGCCGGAGGAGGCAGAGCGCUGGAUCGUCAACCUCAUCAGGAACGCUAGGCUCGACGCCAAGAUCGACUCUAAGCUGGGCCACGUGGUGAUGGGGAACAAUGCGGUGUCUCCGUACCAGCAGGUGAUCGAGAAAACCAAAAGUCUGUCAUUUCGGAGUCAGAUGUUAGCCAUGAACAUCGAGAAGAAACUGGCGCAUAGCAACAGGAAUGAGACUCCAAACUGGGCAGCGCAGGACAGUGGAUUUUACUGAACCAUCACCAUGGAGACCGCAGAGGUGACUCUUCAACCAGCUGUUAAUAUUUAUGCAAAAACAGACAUCGGGCGUGAUUACCAUCUUUUCUUUGUAACCUUUGGACUGUGUAAUUAUUAUUUAAAAGUCAGAUUCCAUUUACCCUCCAAAACUUCAACAAUGUCAUAGGUUUUCAUUAAAAUUCAUUUUAAACAAAACUAAUAUAUUGUGUUUUUGUCAUUUUCCCACUAGAUGGCAGUGUGUACUUUUUUUUAUAAUAUAUGGCUUUGCUGUCAGAUUUUUUUUUUUUUUACCUCAAAAACUUGCAGUGCUGUUAUUACUACUGUUAUAAUUUUAAAUUUAAUAUUUCCUUUUUUUUUUUUUUUUUAACAUUAGAGACUUUCGAUACCAGACAGACCAUAUUAUUUUGUUUUAGUGGGGUUUUUUUUAACCUCCAAAGCUUGCAUUGUGUUGUAAUUUCUACUGUUUACAUUUGUUUCACAUUUGAGACUUUUAAUACCACACACAAAUAUAACUUUUUUUUUUUUUUUUCACUAUGUGUUUUUUUUUUUUUUUUUGAUGAAUCGUAGUCUUAACAUUCUUUGAUAAUAGCAUUGUAAAACCAGAAAUGAAAAUUAUACAUUGUCACUAUACAUUUUCCCCUAGGACAUAAAGCUGUCUGCUGUGCAAAUUUGCUUUGAGAGUUUUUUUCUUAUAAGAAAUAAAGUCUAGAAAAUAUGUA